AAAUAUACUAAGCUCUUGCAAAGCUUAAAGCUGAAGAAAGAAACAACAAAAUACUAUGUCGAAACAACGACCAAUCUUCCAUUUCCAUGUCCGAAACCAUUCAUGAGCGAAAACAAUGACACGAAUUUGCAGGAAACUUGUUCAUGUUAACAUUAAAUGGAGUAUACUAGGAAGGGUAUCGAUUUUUCGAAGGUUUUUUAGGCACAUUUGGGAUAGGAUUCUUGUUUGUUCUAUAGGAAGACGACCCGUUCACUACAGGAAGUUGACUCGCCGGGAUUCUUCUCCGGUGGAAGGAGUGGUGGUUAUUGGAGACGACGAUGACGAAGGGGAGGCCUUAACCGACGAAGGGUACAAGUCAGAUUCGGAUUUGGUUAGCUUGAAGAUCAGUUUGUUAGGUGACUGUCAGAUUGGGAAAACGAGUUUUCUGAUCAAAUAUGUUGGGGAUGAACAAGAGAGGAGCUUGGAAAUGUCCGGAUUAAAUUUAGUAAACAAAACAUUAUUUGUUCAACGUGCUAGGAUUGCUUUCAGCAUAUGGGAUGUGGGAGGCGACUGUAACUCUCUUGAUCAUCUUCCAAUUGCUUGUAAAGAUUCAGUAGCAAUUUUGUUUAUGUUUGAUCUAACAAACCGAUGCACCCUUAACAGUGUUGUUGGAUGGUAUAGUCAAGCAAGGAAAUGGAAUCAGACAGCAAUUCCAGUAUUAAUAGGAACAAAAUUUGAUGAAUUUGUUAAGCUCCCCCCAGAUUUGCAAUGGACUAUUGUGACUCAGGCAAGAGCAUACGUGAAGGCAAUGAAGGCAACCCUUUUCUUCUCAAGUGCUAAACAUAACAUCAAUGUGAACAAGAUCUUUAAGUUCAUCAUGGCCAAACUCUUUAACUUGUCUUGGACGGUUGAGAGAAACUUGACCGUGGGAGAACCCAUUAUCGACUUCUAGCACCUGUUUAUUUAA